AGCGGGGAACGCGUCACUGCUGAAAAAAAAAAGAUACUUUUUGUUUGUUUGUUUUUAACGGAAACUGGGCUUUAUUAGCAGUUUCUGUUGCUGUGCCCCCGUUGAGACAAUGACAGACUUUGAAAAGAAUCUCAAGCAGGACAUGAUUUCUCAGCUGCAUAAUUUCGCUGCUGUUGGAGAUACAGUCGGAUUGAAAACAUUGCUCGUUCGCUCUCCAUCACUUAUUAAUGCAACUGCAGAGAAUGGCUGGACAGCCUUGAUGUAUGGUGCCAGAAAUGGACAUUUUGAGGUUGUGCAAAUUCUUCUUGAAGAAGGGUGUGACAGGUCCGUUGUUAAUAAAUCAAGGCAGACUGCUCUGGACAUUGCUAAAUUUUGGGGGUACAAGCACAUAGCUAAUUUGUUGGCUAAUGCGAAGGGUGGGGAGAGGCCUGUUUUUCUGCCAAAUGAAGUGAAAGAGUAUGAAAAUUACUUUGGCAUAACACUCCUAGACAGAAGGAGCAACAAAAGAACAGAUUCUAACUGGCUAAGCAAAAAACAAAUACAUCCAACUACAGUAUACAUCCUUUUCUCAAAUCUAAGUCCUUUGGUUACUUUGAGUGGAGGAGUAGAGAGUUCCAAGCAACCAGAAGUCAAGCUUUGUAGGCUGUACCACAAGGAUGUAAAGCAGUACUUGAAUCAGAGCGAAGACGUCACCUUGAUUUUUCUUGGAGUUGAACUUCAGUUCCACAUGAACCUGCUGGCUGCUCACAAUGGAAGGGUUCUGAAAGAAGAUGAAGAGGACGGGCUAGUUGCUUGGUUUGCUCUUAGCAUAGAUCCCACUUCCGCUGAGAAAUUUAAACAGAUGCAUGAAGACGCUUAUUUUCUUCAUCCACCAAUGCCUGCACUACUGCAGUUGCCUGAAAAAGAAGCUGGAGUAGUAGCCCAGGCUAGAUCUGUUCUAGCAUGGCACAGCCGCUACCAAUUCUGCCCCACGUGUGGGAGUGCAACCAAGACCGGAGAAGGGGGUUACAAGAAAACUUGCUUGAAAGAAGAUUGUCCCAGUCUCCACGGUGUUCACAACACCUCAUAUCCAAGAGUUGAUCCUGUUGUGAUAAUGCAAGUUAUCCAUCCAGAUGGGAACCACUGCCUUUUAGGUAGGCAGAAAAGAUUUCCCCCUGGAAUGUUUACCUGUCUUGCUGGAUUUGUAGAACCUGGCGAAACAAUAGAAGAUGCCGUUCGAAGAGAAGUAGAAGAGGAGGCUGGAGUCAAAGUUGGCCAUGUUCAGUAUGUCUGUUGUCAGCCAUGGCCAAUGCCCUCCUCCCUAAUGAUUGGUUGCUUAGCUGUUGCGGUGUCUACAGAAAUUAAAGUUGACAAGAAUGAAAUAGAGGAUGCCCGCUGGUUCACUAGAGAACAGGUCGUGGAAGUUAUCAUUAAAGGAAAUGAGCGUUCUUUCUUUGUGCCGCCAAGUCGAGCUAUUGCACACCAGUUGAUAAAACACUGGAUUGGAAUGAAUGCUAAUCUUUAAAUUCAAAUAAUUGAUUUCUUUAAGUUAAAUUAUUUCUUCUAGUGAAUGCUAAUGUUAGAAAUAAAUUAGAAAGACCUGUUUAUCUAAUAAACAUAGGACCACAUGUAUUUUUGAGCCUGCCCUUGACUCCAGAGCUAAACGAUGCAAACUUGGGGGGGCGGUUUCAAACCUAAGUUCUAACUGGACAGUAAGCCAGUUACUAUCCCAAGUAAGCAAGCAACAAACAAGCAACAGUGAUAUCUUACUGUGCGCAGGCUGCUUUUUGAUUUUAGUGUCAAAUUAUUAUGCCUUCCACUAUCAUGCUUUUUAUUUUCCAGCAAUUCAUUUAGCUAUUCUGAACUUAAAUGUUUGAUUUGGGCCUGAUAUCUCAAACAGCCCCCACUGGAAGGAGGUUUCUUUUUUCUUUUCUCUUUUUUUUUUUUUUUUAAUUCUGCCUGGCACAGAGAACACCAAAGAGCAUUUAAUGCUGAAAGUCCUAUCAGCAAUGGUUAUUUUUAAACAAAUAGCAAAGUUAAAUGCUGAACAGGUAGUAUUUUUUAUCUUCCACAUGAAUAACACUAUAAGGAGAGGAUUUACUUCACCUGUCUGACUUGGCCUCCACUUACCAAUUAUAUGUUGCCCUGAAUUAUUUUAAAAGCUUAACACAGUACUCUGUUUAUAAAAAAUAGUAUUGGAGAACCAUUCCAAAAAUGCUAAAUAGUCACAAUUUAUAUAAAGUAAUAAUGUACUUACCUUAUGCAAUGAGUUAUUUCAUUCUCUGAUCAUUAGAAAUGGAACUGUAAUAAGGAAGUGGAUUAUUUAAACAGCACAUAAAAUAAUAUCUCAAAAUUUGUACAGAGUUAUUUUAUUAAAACCAAGGUAUUAAUGUUGUUACUGUUAUCAAGAAUGUACAGUUGAAAGACAGAAAUAUAUCAACCCCAUCUGUGAGACUGAGAGAACAACAUAGCAUUACAAAUAUUUACUUACAUAUUCUUAAUGCUGUAUUUCAAAUUUGUGCCUUAAUUUAUUGUGUUAUUGAAAAGAAUGGAAACUAUAGUCUUUCAAAAUGGAUGGUUACAAAAGUGUACUGUUCUUAUUAUUACUGUCAUGAUAAGAUUCAGUAGUCUGUGAUUGUGCAGUCAUUGCAGCGGUAUAAAAAGAAAUGCAAAUGACUACAAUGUUAGUCAUAAAAAUUAACUUUUUAUCAUAUGGGUUU